AUGUCGGAAUUCAAAACACCAGUUAAAAGUCGCAAACCAUUAGAAGCAAACGAGAAAAUAACUAUUCCUCCAUCGCCGUUUUUAAACAGGCUCGGUUAUGGCACAGGUGUGUCAGUCAUGCAAUUAGUGAGAUCGCCAAGAGCAGGACAAAUUCGUUCGCCAUGGGCCUUAAAAAUGUUGAAUAAACGCGUGAAACCUAAUCGUGUUUACACCGAUCGUCUUCAAGCCGAAGCAGAGCUUUUACAGCGAAUGUCUCAUCCUAACAUCGUAGGAUUUAGGGCAUUCAGUAAGUCAAAGAUAUUGUACUUGGGGAUGGAAGCCUGCGACUUGUCACUCGGGGAUAUGAUUGAAAAGAAGGUUGAGGAUGAUUGCGAGCCGUUUUCACAGAAGCAGAUAUUAAAGGUAGCUUUAGACAUAGGCAAAGCAUUGGACUACCUGCACACCAAGAUGCAAAUUCUUCACGGAGACAUGAAGUCAUAUAAUAUUCUGGUUAACGGUGACUUUGUUACCUGCAAGUUGUGUGACUUUGGAGUCACUCUACCACUCGACGAGAACGGAGUGUUUGAUAAGGAAAAUGCUGGAAAUGCCUUGUAUUUUGGUACGGAAGCAUGGAGUGCCCCGGAAGUAAUUAACGGAGGGACAAUUACUAACAAAACAGAUAUUUGGUCGUUCGGACUCACUCUAUGGGAGAUGAUGGCACUCAUGCCUCCACACUCUGCUAUUGACGAAAGUGGAGCUAGUUUGGACGAUGAAAGCUUUGAUGAGAGUAUGGACUAUUUUAAUGACAAAUACGGCACACGUCCAGACAUACCAGCCAACAUAUCUCCAGAAACAUAUUCAAGUGCUCUAACAAUUUUCUUCUGUUGCACUGAAACAAAUCCGUCUUCCCGACCGUCGGCACAACACCUUGUAGAGGUCGUUGAACAUUUCACAUCUAAUUUGACGUGACUCUGUCUAAUAUGUAUGAGACUAUAAAUACAAACUGUAUUAGAAUUAUUGUAAACAUUUAUUUGGUAACAAGCUUUAGAUAUAAAAUGUUACAAAUAAAGAUAUACUUGACGUA